AUGGCAGAAGGGGGCUGUGCAAAGAACGAAGAGGAGGAAGCCACUGGCUCGGAGGAGGAUCUGGGUUCGUCUCGUGGCAGCGGCGUGUGUAAAUGGUUCAACGUCCGGAUGGGUUUCGGGUUCCUGUCCAUGACCAACAUAGAUGGGACACCGCUCGAGGAGACUCUCGAUGUUUUCGUUCAUCAGAGCAAGCUACACAUGGAGGGCUUCCGUAGCCUGAAGGAGGGCGAGGCGGUGGAGUUUACCUUCAAGAAGUCGUCUAAAGGCCUAGAGUCUGUCACGGUGACGGGGCCAGGGGGAGCACAGUGUGUGGGCAGUGAGAAGAGGCCUAAGGGGCAACAGAAACGACGCUCCAAGGGGGACAGAUGCUACAACUGUGGAGGACCUGACCACCAUGCCAAAGAAUGCCAGCUACCUCCUCAGCCCAAGAAGUGCCAUUUUUGCCAGAGCAUCAGUCACAUGGUGGCCAACUGUCCAAUCAAAGCACAGCAGUCCUCCCCUGGCGCUCAGGGAACAGCAUUGUCACUGAGGGACGAGGAAGAGGAGCAGAGCCAUGCCCCCUUUCCACCCCAGGGAGAGCUAUGAUUGAUCGAUUCAGGGAUUCAUCCAAUCAAAAGGUUUCAUUGGAGUGCUGCUUUUGGAACUACAUCAGGAUGUCUUUAUUUAUCGCACAAACAGCAAGAAAUGUGUACUUUUAUUGAUGUGAUAGUUGAGAUUGAGAUUUAGCUCAGUGUUUUAAUUGUAUUUUCCCUGCUGCAGCUAAAUAAGAGGUAGCCUAUGUGGAUUUUCCUGGAGAUGAUUGUGAGUGCUCUGCUCUCUCACUGUAUAACAUGUUUUCCCAAAAAGCUUUUGUUAGAAAAAGGUAAAGGAAAUAGAAUCAUACAAGUGAAUGUACAGAUAUAGGUGUCCUGACUCUAAGACUGUUUCAUGGACAAAAAGGAGUGUGUCUUUCUGCGGCCAAGUGAAUGUUUGAACCCUUUCUGCUGUAUGAAUGUUGGUACACCAUGGUUGCCGAUUGGACUGUGUACAAUACAGCUUGUCAUAAGUGCCAUAGCCUGUUCAUUUGUCCCAUGGGUGGUUGGAUGUGGCUCCCUCCCUUACAAAGCCUUGACUCAAGGCUAAAUGCGAGACCAGCAUUGAUUGUAUGACAGUCUGUCUGCCUGUCUGUCCCACAGUUUAUGCUAUGGAUGUAAACAUGGCUUUCUAACAUAUUCUACAUAUCAGGGGUGUUCUAAUACACUGCCCAAAUACAUGACUUGUUUCUCAUUGUCUCGUUGUACUUGAAAACUAUUUAGAAAGCCAAAGGUAUUACAUGUUCUUUCUUGGAUGGACCUGAGCAUUAUUUUUUUUCUUUAAGGACAUAUUUUCAUGAUUGAGUGUUAGGAUAAAGGGACUCAAGUGUUGAAUAAGAUGGUUAUAGGUUUAGUAUCUACUCCU